AUGUCCCGUACUCAAGCUGAAAACGCAGGGAGAUCGCCCAAACUUGAUGCUCCGCCGUAUGACCCCUCCUUGUGGGAGGGAAAGGACUGUGCCUUUAUUACUACCUUGAAGGAUGUUUAUCAUAGACAGGAGCGGAUGGAGCGUCAGCUGCGAUUGGAGACGUCUGCAGUCGGUGGGACUGCUAUUCAACUGCCUGCCGCUUCCCAUACCCAGAUGGUCACAAAGCCCUCUACAUGGUGGGGAAAGCUUUUGGGUAGCCUCUUUCCGCAGUACUACGCACGGCAGGCAUUAGCCAAUCUUGGCCUUGGCCAAAUGAGCAAUGACGAGCUUGUCAACCGCAUGCAUUUUGCUCUUCAGGCCGGGGAUACGGAUCUCUCUGCUCUCAUUGCAAAGGAGUUGGCCCGACGUCGGGCGUGUUUGUAUGAAGAAGAGGUUGGUAGAACGAGCAUAGGAAGAGAUGCACUUUAUUCGGGAGGUCGUCUUAGCACGGAGCCCAGGAUGAGGACGAGGCUUAGUACUGGCUUUGGUGGGCGCGUAAGUGGUGUGGCACCAGACAGCAACACUCGUCCCUCUACCGGUUCCUCUUUUUUGGUGCCGGAGGUUUUGUUUCAAAAGCGUCCACGUGGUAGUGGUGGUGUUGGCGGUGAAAAUAUGCUGCGUUUUUAA